UCUGCCGUCUCUAAAGCAUUCCAAAGGUAGGUACUGUUGAAAUUGGCUUCCAUCUUUUCAAGAAGAGAAUUUUGUGUCCUCCGGAAAGAAAAGGUUUGGAUAGGAUUAUUUGCUUGACAAUUUUGGUUUUGUGAUAGCUGAAUUAAAUUAGUAAUCAUGCCGCCGAAAAAAUCAAUGGAAGAAACUGACCGAUUGACUCGGAUAGCAAUUGUAAAUUCUGAUAAAUGUAAGCCUAAACGAUGCAGGCAAGAAUGUAAGAGAUCGUGCCCAGUAGUAAGAAUGGGAAAGCUCUGUAUUGAAGUCACUCCGAACAGUAAAAUUGCCGCUAUCUCAGAAGAGUUAUGUAUUGGAUGUGGUAUUUGUGUCAAGAAAUGUCCGUUUGAGGCAAUAUCUAUCAUUAAUCUUCCCAGUAAUUUAGAGAAAGAAACAACGCAUCGUUAUUCGAAGAACUCAUUUAAGCUGCAUAGACUUCCCAUUCCACGUCCAGGUGAAGUUCUAGGACUUGUAGGGACUAAUGGAAUUGGUAAAUCAACAGCGCUUAAGAUUUUGGCUGGCAAGCAAAAACCAAACUUGGGAAGAUAUACUGAUCCUCCAGACUGGACAGAAAUUUUGAGUCAUUUCAGAGGUAGCGAAUUGCAAAAUUACUUUACGAAAAUCUUAGAAGAUGAUCUGAAAGCGCUCAUUAAGCCACAAUAUGUUGAUCAAAUUCCUAAAGCUGUAAAAGGUACUGUGCAGCAACUUUUGGAUAAAAAAGAUGAAUGCAAGAAUCAAAUGGACAUUUGCUUAAUGCUUGACUUGCUGCAUAUACGCGAUCGAGGCAUCGAAGCACUUUCGGGUGGUGAGCUUCAGCGAUUCGCUUGCGCGAUGGUAUGUAUUCAAAAUGGAGAUAUCUUUAUGUUCGAUGAGCCUUCCUCGUAUCUAGAUGUCAAACAGCGUCUUAAUGCUGCUGAAACCAUUAGAUCGCUCAUUCAUCCAGAUAAAUUUAUAAUAGUGGUGGAACACGAUCUAUCAGUUUUGGAUUACUUAUCUGACUUUAUUUGUUGCCUGUAUGGCGUUCCUGGGGCAUAUGGCGUUGUUACUAUGCCCUUCUCCGUAAGAGAAGGAAUAAACAUUUUCCUUGAUGGUUUUGUUCCCACGGAAAAUUUACGAUUCCGUGAGGAAUCUCUUGUAUUUAAAGUGGCAGAGAGUGCAACUGAGGAAGAAGUAAAACGCAUGAAUCAUUAUGAAUAUCCUGCCAUGACAAAAACAAUGGGAUCUUUUUAUUUAAUCGUUGAAAAGGGACAAUUCACCGAUUCGGAAAUACUUGUUCUAUUAGGAGAAAAUGGAACUGGUAAAACAACAUUUAUAAGAAUGUUAGCUGGAAAUUUACCACCAGAUGAUGGAUCAGAAAGUAUUCCUCAACUUCACAUCAGUUACAAACCACAAAAGAUAAGCCCGAAAUCUCAAGGUGUCGUCAGGCAGUUAUUGCAUGAGAAGAUCCGUGAUGCAUAUGUGCAUCCACAGUUUGUAACCGACGUAAUGAAACCUUUGAAAAUUGACGACAUUAUGGAUCAAGAAGUACAGAAUCUUUCCGGAGGAGAAUUGCAGCGAGUUGCUUUAGCUCUUUGUCUAGGAAAACCAGCUGAUGUUUACUUAAUUGAUGAACCAUCAGCGUAUUUGGAUUCCGAGCAACGUUUGGUGGCUGCAAAAGUCAUCAAAAGAUUUAUACUGCAUGCAAAGAAAACAGGUUUUGUAGUGGAGCACGAUUUCAUCAUGGCUACAUACUUAGCUGAUCGUGUCAUAGUAUUUUCUGGUACGCCGUCUCUAAGCACCACUGCCCAUAGCCCUCAGUCUUUAUUAAAUGGUAUGAAUAGAUUUUUGGAACUAUUGGGCAUAACUUUCAGAAGAGAUCCCAACAACUUUAGACCAAGAAUCAAUAAGAAUCAAUCGGUGAAAGACUUGGAACAGAAAAAGGCUGGACAAUAUUUCUUCUUGGAAGAGUAAAAUAUAUAGAGUAAUACUUAGUAUUACAUAUGCAAGUUAAAUCGCAUAUAUAAAAAUAUUGUGAAGGAAAUUUUUUAACCUUUAUAUAUUAUACUUUUUAAAUCCCAGAAAUAAACUUACAAUAUAUGUGUCGUAGAAUAUUAAUGUUAUAUGUUCUAAUGAUAAUCUAGAAAAUUAAUUAACAGAACUUGGAAAUGUUUUUGCAAAUACGUAAUUAUUUUACUGUGUAAAUAAUACAGAAUAUUCACAUAUAUACGACUGUAAGAUACUUAAUUUAAUAAGUAAAUAGGAACGAUUAAGAAUAA